UCAUGUCUGAAAUAAAGCUCUUCACAAAGACAUCUAUUGAUGAGAGAGUGCAAAACCUCGCAGAGAGCAACGUCUCUUAUUCAAAUACCAGGACUUGUCCAACAGAGAGAACAUAUAUCUGAGCCACCAGGCCACAGAGGCAACAAAGGUCCGGCUCCACCAUGAAGUUAUCUCUUGUUCUGGGUUGUGCCUUCAUCCUCCCACUCAUCAGGGCUCAGGUGCCCCAUUGGGGACCUUGUCCAGAUCCGGCUGUUCAACCAGCCUUCAUCCUUAAACAGUUCAUGGGGAGAUGGUUUGAAAUUGCCAAACUGCCGGCCCAGUUUGAGAAGGGUCGGUGCAUCGAAACCAAUUUCACUUUGAAGACAGACAACUCCAUUCGAGUGGUCAGCUCUGAAAUACUAAAAGCAGAGCAGAGGAAAAUCGAAGGGACUGGAGUCAUAGAGGAUAUCAAGAAUCCGGCUAAACUUGGAAUAAGUUAUUCCACAGUCCUGCCCUACUCCCCAUACUGGAUCCUGUCCACUGACUAUGUGAACUUCGCCCUGGUGUACUCCUGUACCGACAUCCUGAGGCUCUUCCACGUCGACUUCGCCUGGAUCCUGGGCCGAACACGAAGCCUGCCAAAAUCAACCGUCCAGAAAGCCAUGGACACCUUCGCCAAGAACAACAUCGACGUGAGUAGGAUGAUUCCCAGCAAACAGCAGGGAUGUGACAAAAAACCCUCUGAGCAGCCAUGGAUAUGAAGCACAAGAUGGCGCUGUUGUUGACAAGAGAGAAGCUAAUUCAUCAACUGCUUCAGAAAAUAUUUGACUAAUAUUUGGAUAAUUAUGGCGAAGGGUGUAGUUGAUGGUAGCCUCAACGCAGUAAUGACAAUAAAAACAUAAUAGGAUCAAACAUCAAAGUGAGAUUCACAAUUUAACCCAUUUUAAGCUGUGUUUUUCCUAAUGAACAAUGUCUGCUGUUUAUUUUCAUGAAAAUAGAAUAAUCAUAUUGAAAUCAAAUGAUGAUUAAAUCAAAUGUUUAUUCCACAAACUCGGAGCAUGACGUAUCCAAUUAAAGUCAAUAAAACUCAGUGAAAUUUC